UUAAUCUCCUGUGACACUAAAAGCAUUUUCUUAGUCACUAGCUGCGAUGGCAUAAAUAGUGAAAUAGGUUCUGGGGCAGGAAGGAGCUUCGAGUAUGUUUUUUUUUCUGUGGAAGAUGCAGAUUUUUGCAUAGAUAACGACACACUGCUGCUUGUGCGGUGCAGACAUAAUAGCAGUGAGGGCUGCCGCUCCAAGGAGCUGAUUGUGCCUGUGGCUUUGGUCUUGUCAUCCUGUCUGCCCUGGUGCUGCUCUUGCUGCUGGAUGAAGUCCUCGCUAGGACAGUCUAGUCUGAGUGACAAGAGGCAAACAUGGCCCAAGCACCCACUGAUCCAAGUAAUGUGGAAACCCCUGACCCAGAGGAGAGUUCUCCAAAUAUGAUAGUCUACAGAAAGAUUGAAGACAUCAUUACGAGAAUGCAGGAUGACAAAACAGGUGGAGUUCCCAUCCGCACUGUCAAGAGCUUUCUGUCUAAAAUCCCCAGUGUCGUCACCGGUGCUGAUAUUGUGCAGUGGCUUAUGAAGAACCUCAGCAUUGAGGAUCCAGGGGAAGCAAUACACUUGGGAAGUCUUAUUGCUGCACAGGGUUAUAUCUUUCCAAUCUCAGACCAUGUUCUUACCCUGAAAGAUGAUGGGACGUUCUAUCGUUUUCAGGCACCAUAUUUUUGGCCUUCAAACUGCUGGGAACCUGAAAAUACAGAUUACGCAAUCUAUCUUUGCAAACGGACCAUGCAGAACAAAGCUAGGCUGGAGCUGGCAGAUUAUGAAGCCGAAAACUUAGCAAGACUUCAGAGAGCAUUUGCAAGAAAGUGGGAGUUCAUCUUCAUGCAAGCUGAGGCCCAAGUGAAAAUUGACAGAAAAAAGGAUAAAACAGAAAGAAAGAUUUUGGACAGCCAAGAAAGAGCGUUCUGGGAUGUGCACAGGCCUGUGCCAGGCUGUGUGAACACCACGGAAAUGGACAUUAGAAAGUGUCGUCGUAUGAAAAAUCCACAGAAGGUGAAAAAGUCAGUAUAUGGGGUUACAGAGGAGUCUCAGCCCCAAAGCCCUGUACAUGUGCCCUCCCAACCUGUACGCAAAACUACAAAAGAGGAUUUCCGGAAACAAAUAACUUUUCUGAACAUGCAGAUAGAGAGACAUUGUUUAAAGAUGUCCAAAGUAGCAGAAAGUUUAAUAGCCUACACAGAGCAGUAUGUGGAAUAUGACCCCUUUAUAACACCUGCUGAGCCUUCCAAUCCCUGGAUAAGUGAUGAUGCAGCAUUGUGGGACAUUGAAAUGAGCAAAGAACCUAGUCAGCAGCGUGUGAAAAGAUGGGGUUUCUCCAUGGAUGAGGUGCUGAAGGACCCAGUAGGACGAGACCAGUUCCUUCGUUUCCUGGAAUCAGAAUUCAGCUCUGAAAACCUGAGGUUUUGGUUGGCUGUCCAGGAUCUCAAGAAACAACCUCUGCAGGAUGUAGCCACCAGAGUGGAAGAAAUCUGGCAAGAAUUUCUAGCUCCUGGGGCUCAAAGUGCUAUCAACCUGGAUUCCCACAGCUAUGAGAAAACAAGCCAAAAUGUCAAAGACCCAGGGAGAUAUACAUAUGAAGAUGCACAGGAGCACAUUUACAAGCUGAUGAAGAGUGACAGCUAUGCGCGCUUCCUCCGUUCAAACGCUUACCAGGAUUUAUUGCUGGCAAAGAAGAAGCCAGAGAAUGAGCAAGGUCGUAGAACUUCUCUAGAAAAGUUCACUCGCAGUGUGGGAAAGUCUCUGGCAAGCAAGCGCCUCACGGGCCUGAUGCAGUCCUCCUGACGGCUUCAGCCUACCACCCCAUGGGAAGGACACUUGGGACCGCUGCUGGGGAUGGGGCAUACCAGGGAGAACGGGUCCCUGCAGGGGAAAGAGCCUGAGCGAACACAAGCAGAGCCACGUGCCAGGGGAGCGCCUCUCGUCACAGUUUGUAUCAACACUUUCCUGUCUGCACAGCUUUGUAAGGACACUGAGCUCUGUGCAGGUACUUUGUUUCUGACCAGGGUUUGGAGGAGCACACUUCACUGUAUGCAGAAGGUCAACAAGGCAGGGGCUUGCUGUCUUGUUAUUUAAGGGAAUAGACCCAACCACAACUUAAAGAAAGAGGAGCUGAGAGAGACAGGUACUUUUCCCUCAUCUCUUCUCUCCAUUGCACAAACAUGGCUGCAAUAGAUGGUGCCGCAAUCUCACUUGCUCCCUUUCUUGUGGCCGUCUGGAUCCAAUAAAAUAUCUGCUGGAAGCUGCUUUUCCUUCUCACAAAAUCUCACAUGAAUUUCUCCUGCAGAUUCAUUGACUUUAACUUUUUCUUUCUUAUAUCUCUCCUCCUUUAAAGCAAUGGAAAAGAAAAAGGCACAUUCAAGUUCAUCACUCACUGUCCUUCCAAUAGCAUGUAGCAUGCCCAGAGAUGAUGGCCAGAUCCUCAGCUGAAGUCAAGAGAGCACAAGUGGUUUUCAUCACCUGAGGAUCUGCCCCAUUGAGUCAGACUGAUCCUGGUGCAAAUCCCCUGACGUCGGUGGAAUUGCUCUGCAUGUGCGCGUAGUACAAAUGUGGUCAGACUCUGCCUGAUGCUCAAAAAAUCAUGUUUUCAAUGUGUAAUGUGCACACACACACACAUGCAUAGUAUUUAAAAGUGAGUUGGUUUAUACUGUA